AUGACAACAAAUAAAUUAGAAUAUCUUUAUUUGCAAACUAAAUCGCGCGAAAUUAGCCAACAAAAAUCAGUAAAUAUGAAAAGGAAAGGAUGCGAACAAAAUAUAAAUCACCGUAAGAGUGUUCUAGCUGAUAUUAUGGCUGAUUAUGAUAAAACAGUACUACCAUCAAAUGAAUCGAUUGAAGUUAAUGUUGAAUUAACGGUUCAAGAUAUAUCGUCAAUAUCCGAAAUGACCGGAUCGUUCGUUGCAGACGUUUGGUUCAGUCAAAUAUGGGAAGAUCCACGAUUAGCGUACAAAGAUAUUUCGUGUCGAACAAAUCUUUCACUGGACGGUUCAGUAAGCGAACGUUUAUGGACACCAAAUGUAUGUUUUGUUAAUAGUAAACAUAGCGAGAUUCACAAGUCACCUGCAAGCAAUGUUCUGCUCAUCAUUUAUCCUAACGGUACGAUUUGGCUCAAUUAUCGAGUUCGGGUUUCGGGCCCUUGCAUCUUUCAUUUAAGUUAUUUUCCGAUUGAUAGCCAGGAAUGUAUGCUUAUAUUUGAAUCGUAUUCUUAUAAUAUAGCAGAAGUGCGCUUAUUAUGGCAAGCGUGGGAUGCUGUUCGCAUGCCAGACAACAAUCCUUUACGUUUACCGGAUUUUCAAUUUUAUAACGUGACAUGGACGAAAACGACUGAAGACUAUACAGCUGGGCUAUGGGAUCAACUUAAAGUCACUUUUAGGUUCAAACGACUUUAUGGAUAUUACAUACUACAAAUGUAUCUUCCGACUUAUUUAUCGGUUUUUAUUUCAUGGAUUGCAUUUUGGCUUGAUUCUCGAUCUUUACCCGCUCGAAUAACUCUAGGAGUUAGCGCUUUAAUGGCUCUAACUUUUCAGUUUGGAAAUGUUGUCAAAAAUUUACCUCGAGUUUCUUUUGUAAAAGCUGUUGACUUAUGGUUCUUCGUUUGUGUUGCGUUUAUUUUCUUCAGCCUUGUUGAACUCGCAGCUGUUGGUGCUUUUGAUAAAAAUGAUUACACAUUUCUGCCAAAACGAAGGCGAAUAUCAAGGCGAGCAUUUCAAUCUCGGUUUGUUCCUUUUUACUAA